GUGACGUACUAUUAGAGUCGAAAAGUGACCCAUCAUCCCAAUAAGAGAUGGCAUGAUUUAAUAAGUUGAUACUGAGUGGUUCAUCAGCUGAGUGACCAUGGAUACCCUGUCCAGCCACAGCUCCUACCUACUCCAGCAGCUUCAGGAGCAGAGGAUUCAGGGGCUGCUCUGUGAUUGCAUGCUGGUGGUUAAGGGUGUCUGCUUCAAAGCACACAAAAAUGUCCUGGCUGCUUUCAGCUCCUAUUUCAGGUCUUUGUUCCAAAACUCUCCCAGUCAGAAGAAUGAUGUGUUCAACCUGGUUAUCCAAGAUGUUGGUGGCAUUGGGCAAAUAUUGGACUACAUGUAUACGUCCCAUCUUGACAUUAACCAAGACAAUGUACAAGCACUUCUGGACAUUGCUCAGAAUUUGCAGGUUCCAAAUGUGCAGAGCAUGUGUAAUGCUUUCCUCAAACCUUGUCCCCCACCUGUGGAAAUGCCUUCAUUUACUCUUCCAGGCAUGCUAAGCUCAGAGCAUGACUGUCUUUUGGGGAGUAGUCUUCCUCAUGAUGUUGACCUUCACUGUGCUCCUGAACCCCAGAGGCCUGGCUUCUACAGUGACAUGGACCAUGCUAGAAGGAUGCCAAUUUCAGUUCCCAACAGCAACUCAAACUUUGACAUGCCAAACAGCUCCCAGACACCUGCAGAAAAACUAAUUCAUGGAUAUAAGCUUCGCAAUUUCAACAGUAAACAGUACUUCAAACAAAGUGCAAUUCAGACUAGUAGUGCAGCUUUAAACCAAGGCUCAUCCCAUUUGGUGUCGAUAGAAGAGCAGCAGUGUCAGCUUGGAAUCAACCAGGGUGGCAACAACUCCCAUGUGAGCUCAGGAAACACAGUUCAGCCUAACCCUUCUUGCACAUCUAUAGCAGUGGAAAAAACCCCUGUUUCCUCUUUGACACCCUCUGAUAAUUUAAACAUCCCUAACUCUGAGUCGUAUGAUUCCAUGAUCAAUAAACCUGUCCGCCCAAAGAAGGCUGUGUACUUGAAGAAGUAUAACUACCUCCGGUCUCAAAAGGCUCUGGAGGAAAUGUGUGCUCAAUCAGUUACUGAACCAGUGAUCAGCUGUCCCAAAGAGAGCCAUCAAGAGGAUUCAGUGGUGCAAUGUGAUGCUCCAGAGGCUCCAGUAGAAGGCAGCACUGCAAGUAGAGAAGAGACUUCAGAGACACCAGAUGUCCAUCUUCCCAGUCCUCCUCCAGUUGACCAUGAGGAGCAAAAUUUGAAGCCUGCUCCAGAGCCUCCACAGCAAACAGGACACAAGCAGUACUGUUGUGAGAUUUGUGGAAAGAUCUUCAAACAUCCAAGCAACUUGGAGCUGCACAAGCGUUCACAUACUGGUGAGAAGCCCUUUCAGUGCAAUAUUUGUGGGAAACACUUUUCACAGGCCGGAAAUUUACAGACGCAUUUGCGACGACAUUCUGGGGAGAAACCGUACAUCUGUGAGUUAUGUGGUAAAAGCUUUACCGCAUCAGGGGAUGUCCACCGCCACAAAGUGGUUCACACAGGAGAGAAGCCACAUCUGUGUGACAUAUGUGGCCGAGGAUUUAACAACUUGAGCAAUCUCAAGGAGCACAAGAGAACUCAUACAACAGACAAAACCUUCACCUGUGACCAGUGUGGAAAAUCCUUCAACACACACAGAAAGCUUUUGAAGCACAAGGCACGGCAUGCUGGGGAAAAACCACACAGCUGUGCCACCUGUGGGAAAUGCUUUAUUGGCUCAGGAGAUCUGCAGCGUCACAUACGAUCACACACUGGUGAGAAACCUUAUAUCUGUAAUACCUGUGGAAAGAGCUUCACCCGGUCUGCCAUGUUGAGGAGACAUAGCAACAUGCACUGCAAGGGGCCUCAAGUUGACAGCCCAGUCACGGUCAGCUGUGAGCAGACUCAGAGCUCAGGUGAAGCAGCCUCAUUCGCCAAACCUGUCAGCCACAAUAAACCACCCUCUGCUACCAAUGAGCAGCACUUCUCUGCUAUAAUACCUAGCACGGGGUUAGAUAAGUCCUCCCCACCUGCUCCUUCUUCACCACACGCCACAUCACAUAUCGAGACACCACCUCCCAGCAUGCAGCUUAGCCCAGCACCGACCCCCCUUCCAGAGCUGCGCUCCCUGGUUCCCCAUCACCUCCUGUCAUCUAGCCACCAGGAGAAAGGUGCUGCUCUACUUGCCACAGACCACAUAAAGCUGGCCAAACCCCAUGAGACUCAGGAAGCUGUGUAUGGUCCAUAUGCGGAGAAUGGGAAUAUGUCUGUUGACAGAGACGCAGCAGGGAGACCAUACCUGCCUCCCACAGACAAUCACUGCAGUUCCAUCACAGGUUCCAGCAGACAUUACAGGCCCAGUGAAGGCCAGUUUAUCUCCAGUGUAACUCUGUGGGGCCUGGCAAUGAAAACUCUGCAGAAUGACAACGACAUGGAGCAGUAAAAUAUUUCAUUAGUUUAAGCACAGCAGAUGCCGAUUAUAGAACAUGCGUUUUGGAUCCAGAUUAUAUAAAUGGUGGAUUGUGGGAGGACACAAGGAUGAAAUGGUAAUAAUCUUAUUACUUCAAUUUAUGUGGAGCUGGUACACAAAAAGAAAAUAAGUGCUGCCAAAACUUAUUAGCUAUUUAAUGACCUUUGUAAAGUUGCAUUUUGCUGCAUUUUAAUAUGCUGAAUGUUGCUAAUCAGAGAUGAAAACUUCUCAUUAGGCUGUGACUUUGUUAGCAACAGUAGUAAAUCUUGAGAGAGAAGAGUGCAGCAGCUGUUUUCAAUCAUCUAUGAGUCAGUGCAGGUUACCUUUUUAGUGGUCUGAUGUGUAAGAAAUAGAUUUUUUUAUUGUUUUGUUUGUUCACAUGUUUUGCUUUACAGUUGAUUAAAAAAGUCUAAAUUGUUUAACUUUUGGAUAUUUUUGAAUUGUGGAUUUACAGCUCUGCACUUUUGUAUGUUUGUGUUUAAAAUGUUGGCACAUUUUCAUUGUAAUUUCAGAAGAAUUAUAUUCAUAAAGCAAUAAAACUAUUA